UAACUAUUAGUUUUGAUUUGUUGUUUUUUCAGUUUUGAAAAAGUACUACACAAGUGCAGGCAGAUCUGUUUCAGGACCUGUACCUAAUUAGUAAAAAAAUAAUUGUAUGCUUCCAAGUUAUUGAGGCAGUUUUCUUUUAACUGUUAUUUACAAAUGCUCAUUAGUGGCUUAUCCUGCAGGGUAGUAUAUUCUCUUGUUGCUAUUGUUCUAUAAAUGGGUCUUUCAGAGGAUUUAAUGUCAAGAAGAGCAUGAUGACUACACCUAAGCUUGGGAAAAACAUUUUCUGUUCUGUUGCCUUCUGCAUCGUCAAUCCAAAAGAUGCUCUAUGAGAAGGAGAGAGGUUUGCUAAUUCUUUGUUUUUUGAAGAAGGCAAGCUAAGGUGGGAGCGAGGAACUAAUGAAUUCUAAAUUCACUUCUGUUGAGGAUGUGUUUUUCUUCCUUCUUACUAAAACUCACCGUAUCAAGCAUAGUUUUACACAUCUUACGCUAGAUGUACCAGAUUCUAGCGUCUUUGAAGAACUGUCUCAUUAUAUAAGAGGCCGUAAAAGAGAACCUAAUACGUUUUUGUCAUACUUUUCCUUUUGAAAUUUUGCUCAGUUCCCUCUAAUCUGGACAGCUAAUUUUGGAUUUUACUGCUUCACAGGGAGUUUCACAGAUACAGUUGCUUCUUUUCUGAGCUUUUAAAUGUUUACUAUAGCCUUAAAAUACUAUCUAAAGGUUUUCAAGACCUUAAAGGAAUACAUUUAUUUAGAGGAGGAAAGGAAGAGAGAGAAUGCCCUUCAGAUGCACCCAGGUUUUAUAAUGCUGUUUUUAAAAAGUACCUGGCAGUUUAUUUGGCUCAGCAUCUCAUACCGUAACCAAAAAACCUCCAGUUAUUGAUUGCCGUUGGCAGUUUGAGCUGCUACAGUUUCCCUGUGUCUCACUGUUAAGUUUAUAUGGGAUAUAUAAACACAUUCCAUGACACUUUCAUGUCAGGGUCAUUCCAUUAAUAGUUAAUGUGAGCAACUUGUACAAUGAAUGACACUGUCCUCUCUUAGUGAUGGACUUCUACCGCUGCAGAACCUGUAGCUGGGGCACAGAAGAAGACUUGGUUCUGCUCCUCCUGGUGCUGAACCCGCUGGUUCAGGACAUUGCUGUGGAGACCUGUAUGUGAUUGCAUGGUGGGGAAAGAAUUAAAAGCUGACUAGCUGUUCUACCCUUUUAAGUAGGAUUUGUAGGUUUUAAGCAAAUCUCCUGGAAUUCCUUGGUCUUACUCUUGUUCCUUACAACCUGAGUAUAAUACCAGCUCUGGGUAUGAUUGCUCUUAACUACCUUUCUUUUUAGGUUUUCACUGAAGAUAUCUUAUGGAUGAAGCAAUGAUAUUUCUUCAUGUUCCUGAACCUCAGACCUCAGCCUCCUGGCUUCGGGGCAGGAAAUCCUUAGAGGAUCUCAACAAAUACAUGGAUGUAAAGGGAUAUGUUAACUUUCAUCCACUCCGUAACUCUGAUUAGCGUUCAGAAAGAAAUGAGAGAGGCAUCCUGCUCCCUCCCGUGCAAAGCUGCUAGUGCCCUGCUCCGGGGAAGCAGAGCUGGAGAGCGAGAGGAGGAAUCAGCAGCUGAGCCUGGCAGCAGAACAAGAACGUGAAGCUUGAAGAAGCUUCUUCCCACUUUGCACAGGAAGGAUGGAGAUCCCCAAAGUGGUCAGGCUCUUGGUAGUGCUCCUGAGUCUAUUGUCCUGUCUCAGAUGCAUGGAGGCUCUCCUGGGAUCCCAGCCCAGCCAAAACCAUUUGCAGAGUGCAGCAUCCAGUGUGUGCAGCAUCGGACCUCUCGGGUAUUACAAUGGCUCGCUGGCAGUCACUGAGGCUGGGGCAGAGUGCCUGAACUGGGCAGAGUUCCCUGAUUAUGUUCAGCAAUACCCAGACCGUGGCUUAGGGGACCACAACCACUGCAGGAAUCCAGACGGGGGAACUACGCCCUGGUGCUUCUACCGUCUUGCUUCAGGGGCCAUCGGCUGGGCUAACUGCGACUGUAACCAGGGUGCUGUGCGGCUGGCUGAAGGCGGUAGAGUGGAGCUGUACUUCAGUGGACUCUGGGGCACCAUCUGUGCUGACCACUGGACUGACUGGGAUGCCAGUGUUGUCUGCAGGCAGCUAGGUCUCAGUGAGAUCGGUACAGCUGGGAAAAGGAGUCAUCCUGCAUUGUGGCAUAUUCCCCUGCACCUGCAGUCAGCAAACUGCCAUGGGGAUGAGAAAACUCUGCUGCAGUGUGGUUACCAGGAAGCUGCGUCAGGAGCUUGUAACCAGAGAAGUGCCUUGGUGACAUGUGUCCCUCCAGAAGGUGUAGGUGUGCCACUGCGUUUGGUUGGGGGAAAGGAGAGCUUUGAAGGACGAGUGGAGGUUUACCAUGAUGACAAAUGGGGUACCAUCUGUGAUGACCGGUGGGAUGACCGGGAUGCUGAAGUGGUUUGCAGGCAGCUGGGACUCAGUGGAAACCCAAAGGCCUUGUCAUGGGCUCACUAUGGGCAGGGAUCUGGCCCAAUCCUGCUGGAUGAAGUAGAGUGCUCAGGCAAUGAACUCUCACUUGACCAGUGCAAGAAGAGUGACUGGGGACAACAAAACUGUGACCAUAUUGAAGAUGCUGGGGUCUCCUGUGACCCUUUCACAGAGGGCACUGUCAGGCUGACUGGUGGCCGCAGCCCCAAUGAAGGCAGGGUAGAAGUUUAUUAUAAUGGAGACUGGGGCACAGUAUGCGAUGAUGGCUGGACAGAUCUCGGUGCCCAGGUGGUCUGCAGGCAGCUGGGCUUCAGUGGUCCUGCUGCUCUGGCCUCUGAAGGGGAUUAUACUGCUGGCCAAGGUUUUAUCUUACUGGAUGAUGUGGCUUGCACAGGGACAGAGCUCUCCCUCCUGGACUGUCCGCAUAGCAACUGGGGGCAGCAUGACUGUUCACAUGCUGAGGAUGUGGGAGUCCGCUGUUCCCCUGAGAGCAACACGGUCAUUGAUGGCAACCUGGGGCCUCCUGUGCGGCUGGUGGAUGGAGAAAGCACCAAGGAGGGCCGAGUUGAGGUGUUCCUGAAUGGACAGUGGGGCAGUGUCUGUGAUGAUGGCUGGACAGACAGAGAUGCUGCAGUGGUUUGCAGGCAACUGGGGUUCAGUGGUGCAGCAAAAGCCAGAGGAAUGGCUUAUUUUGGUGAAGGCCAUGGGCCCAUCCAUCUGGACAAUGUAGAAUGCAGUGGCAUGGAGCACACCCUGGGGGAAUGUGUCAGGCCUGACACUGGGAUUCAUAACUGCUGGCACAGUGAAGAUGCUGGUGUGAUUUGCGACUAUGUGGAAGAGAAGGUCCAGGAUAUCAGGAAAGCAGGUCCGGAGUUUGGCAUGUGUGGGAUGCGCUUGCUUCACCGUCGCAAGAAAAGGAUCAUAGGUGGAAACAAGUCUCUCAGAGGCGGUUGGCCAUGGCAGGCUUCGCUACGGUUGAAAGGUUUUCAUAGAGAUACUCGUCUGCUGUGUGGAGCAACGCUGAUAAGCAGCUGCUGGGUAGUAACUGCAGCCCACUGCUUCAAAAGGUUUGGUGUUGAUGUGCGACGCUAUCUGCUGCGGGUAGGCGAUUACCACACAGCUGUGAAGGAUGAGUUUGAGAGGGAGCUGCCUGUGGAGAGGAUUGUCCUCCACAGGAACUACUGGGCCAGCAGCAAUGACAAUGACAUUGCCCUGGUCCGAAUGCGGGGCAGAGAGGGACGCUGCCUCUCCUUCAAUCGCCAUGUUUUGCCUGUGUGCCUUCCUGACAGGAGAGAGAAAUCUGACAUCAACAGGCAAGGCUGUGUCAUCUCUGGCUGGGGAGACACAGGGAAGUCCUAUUCAAGAACGCUACUACAGGGGGUGGUGCCUCUUCUACCACGGGAAGAUUGUGAGGUCCGUUAUGGACAGAAGUUCACUAACCGCAUGAUUUGUGCUGGGAACCUCUCUGAAGGUAAACGAGUGGACAGCUGCCAAGGUGACAGUGGUGGGCCGCUCAUGUGUCGGAGAUCAAAUGGACGCUGGAUCAUUUUGGGGAUCACUUCCUGGGGUUAUGGCUGUGGCCGGAAAGAUUCCCCUGGUGUCUACACAAAGGUCAGCAAGUAUGUACCCUGGAUCAAGAAAGUGACCAAGCUAAAAUGAAAAUGUCUGAGCUGUAGGAUCUUCAACAUAUGAUCCCUUUUGCCAUGCAGCAGCUGAGGGCUGUAGCUUCUGGCCUGUGCCUGACAGAGAUUUUUUAUUUUGUCUUUGGACACUGGGAAAACUUUAAGAUAGCAUUUGGAGAGAGACAGUUAUGGCUGGUUUCUUAAAGUCUUUGGUUUCACUUUAGUCCUUAAUCUCUUAGCAGAGAAAGCAGGUGCACACUGGUAAGACAAAUAAGUCUGUGUUGCUCUGGCUGAGUCCUGUAAUGCAGUCACACUUGUCCCUGCUUCCCAGAACACAGAAAUGGUAGGAGUGUGGAGAUACCUGCCUCUGUAAGUCUCUUCCCCAGUUUUUGUAUGUUUGCACACUUGAAAGAGACUGCAAGGAGAGGUGAGAUGCUUGGGAGAUAGCAUCAGGCUGUGGCAUAGUGGAGCUCUUCACAUGCUUUUUCAUAGAUACUUCAGAUCUUCAGAUACAGAGAUGUUCAGAUACUUUUACAUAGCUCUCUUGAGCUCCAGGAAUCAGAAGCUGGAUUUGCCUGAGCUGAAGAACAAGCCAGCAGUCCUCCCCUCCCUGCCUGUUAUGUCUCUAGGGGGAACCUUUUCUCUUCCAAAUAGUAAGUUUCUCCCACAUGGUCCUUUUGAAAGUAUCUGUCUCUGUGAAGAGAUGCUUGUCCCUCCAGUUGUAACCUAAUAUCACACAUUUCCACUUGCCAGAUCCUGUAGUUUUAUUGCUGCUUUCUCACUAUACAGUGGGUUUUUUCAUUUUUCACAAAGCACCAGCUCCUGGAAUCAGUUGGUUGUGUGAACAUAAGUCUCAAUUUUUAAGAGACUAUAGCUUUCUUGCCCUUAAAAUGUUUAAGAAGAACUUAAAAAUGUGACCUCAGAAGGCCUAAUAGAUGUAUCAUUUUUCUUUAAAUUCAAGUGUAACGUUAAUCUCAAACAUUCAGAUGUUGUGAGUCACAAUUUAGCAGCACUGCAGGGAAUUUCUCUCAGUACAUCAUAGUUAUUAACUGGACUGUAUUUGUGAUCUUAGCCUUUAAUAUGUCUGUGUUCACAGUUCCAUGAAACACAAAUACUCCUGGGGUAUGGAUACAGAACAGAAACGCCAGGAGUGAGUGAUUUGCUUGAUGGAUAAAACGAAGUGUGUGGCAAAGCAGCUUCCUGCUUUCCUGAAGUGUGUGCUACUCUUGCAACCUCUUGGAUAUCCUUUCUCUUCUCUUUUUUGCACUAUCUUUUUUCAUCCCUCUCAGUGGGAGUAAACUGGCUUAACUGGAGUGUAUGCAAGCAGUAACAUCAGGCUGCAUUUUAGGAUCAGAUACUCUCAGCCUGAACAGAAAUAAUGCUGAAAGCAAGCAGGAGUUGAUGAAUACUUCAGUUUCUUCCUCCCCUCUUAUCAAAGCAAAUGAACUCUUUCCUCUUCACAGGCCUUGAUUAUUUUGUAAGUUAACUUAUUAUUCUUGAGUAGGUACAAAAAUAUAGUGUGUUCUAGUUGUGUGAAGAUGAGGCAGAGAGGAGAGAGGCCUGUUCAGGAGCAGGGACAGUAAGCUUUGGUGCAUGACCAAAGACCUGAACAUGGAGUAAUAGUACAAGAUGGGACGCAUGGAACUUAUGCCAGAUGUACAUGUUUUGGUUCACUAACACACUACAGGGUAGACAGUAACUGAGUCGGACACUGGCCUGCUGUCUGGAAGGUCUGCACGCAUGGCACUGAAAUGUAUAAUACGUAAGUCCAUAUUGAUAGGGCAAGAAUUAGAAGACAGGUUAGAGCACAGCCUGUGGAUUAACAAUGUCAUGUUACAGGACAUACAGUGAUGGAGUCCUAGAAGUUGCCUUGGAUUCAGCAGGCAGUGAUUGCUUUUAUUUGGCUUCUAUAGAAUAGCUUAACUUAAAUGUGCUGACCUGGUUAGGUGUCUUAUUUUUCUGUGUGUAUGCUUAACUAAUCAGUUGCACUUACUCUCCCCAGUCAUUACAGGACAGUUAGAUUACAAAAUGCUGCAAUGGCCUGUUCAAAGAUCCUGCUUGGAAACUUAUUUUUUAAAGGCUUCUAGAAAUCUUUAAAAUGUGCAAUGCCAGAAUUCCUGCAACUUGGCCUUUGAGACCGAUCUGAUCUGUUAGGGCCUCUCCCUGAGGGGCUGAAUGUCUGCAGUGCAGCCUGUGCUGACAACCCUGUUUGAAGUGCUAGGCUUGAUCCUUCUGUAGUGCUCUGCUUGGCUCCACACUGGCUGUGUUGUCCUACAGCUGCUGGCAGACAGUCCCCAAGACCCAAGCUGCAAACUGCUCACUAUUUUCCAGGAAUUAAAAUGACAGUAGGACCAAGGACACUUAUGUUAAAGACCUCUUGUCUUGCAGGGGAUUGAAUCCCAAAUUUCACACUGGCAGGAACAGUAACUGGCUAGGAAACACAAAGGGAUUUGGCUUUUACCUUCGGCCUCCCCCAAGACAGAAUACUACAGCAGCUCAGGUGGAGUUUCUGUUCCCUGGGUGCUGCUAUGUCUCUAGCUUAACCUGGUUUGUUCUUCCUACUUAUGCCCAGAACCCCAACUGACAUAGAAACACUCAAAGGAUUGGAAGCGUAAGGUUAUUUCCCUAAGACUACUUCACUGGUGCUGUUCAGGAGUUAGCAAAAAUUACCAUGUAACAUGAGUGAGAUACAGGUCUGAUAUUGUCUUCUGAAAUUCCCAUGUCGAUGUUCAGAGUAUUUCCCUCUCUUAGACCUUGUCACUAUGACAGCUGAGAGUCACUGUAAUUAACAUUCUGUUAAUCCUGCAGGAGCCAGGAGGAGGGAAGGAAGUAUCUCAUCUCCUUCACCUAAUUUUACACCUUACUUGUACCAUAGCCAAUCGUGUAAAUACUCUUCUCAAUUGUCCUAACCUGUUUCAGAGCAGCAUUAUUGCUCUUUACUGUUUAAAUUGGGACAGUGGUCCAAACCAAACUAACAUACUUUGCUGCCAAGGCUUACAGGAAUUGUCAGACUGGAUGAGGCACUCAGCUGCUCUAGGACUGUAUUUCGUGUCUAACAGCGACCAUCAGCAGAUGUUUCAGAGGACAGUACAUGUGACUGUGAACUGGACAAAUGUUUUAACAGCCAUUACUAUGGGGGGAAUUUUGUUCUUGACCCCUUUAAAUUCACCGUUUGCAUUACUAUUAAGAAUAGAAAUACAAGAACUCAUUACUCAAGGUGUUGUACAAACACUAAGUACUGUCCUUUUGUGAGUCUUUUUUCUAAAGUGUGAAGGUUUAUAUCCCUAACUUUUUAAAAACCUAUUUAAUGUAACCAGCCUUCAUCUUUCAUACGAAUGUUUAAUCCCUUUAUUUAAUCCAGCUAAGCUCUCAGCCACAGUAUUCUCUGGCAAUGAGACCCAAUAUCAUUUUAUUCUCCAUAGCACAUUCUUUCCUUUUAUGGCUCCUGAAUGAAUUGCCUUUCAUUUUCAUUGAAUCCUCUCUAUCUUGUGUUCUCCAUUAUGAGUGGAAAUAAGGGUCCUUGCUUUAUAUUUUUUGUGUUACUCAUUACUUUACAGAUCGUCUACUCUCUAAAACAGUGUCUUCUCUGUCUCUCUUCAACCCAAACUGUCUAGGUCUCUUAAUGACAUGCUGUCUUUCCAUGCCUUCUCUUUCUGAUGGAUUUUUGAGCUUUGAUAACUAGAACCAAGUACAGUUUGCCAAAGGAGGCUGUGCCAUCUGCUGUUUAUUUUCAGUAUUAUUUUCUGUAGUAGGCAAUGAUGUCAGUGAUUUUAGCACUAUGUGUAAAUUAUGCAUGUGGGCUGGAGCUAGCUUUAAACUUGCUGGUGUGGUCUUAGUGGCAGUUUAGCCUACAAAGGGCUGAAAGUCAGCCAAGGUUAAUUCACCCCUUGUCUGAGGCAUGUGUAGCAGCUCCUCUGAGCUCAGAGCACUUGCUGUAGGUAUAUCUGUGUGUUAUAAUGCAUCUUUGGGAAGGGAACACCUGACCAGCUGUGUGGAGCUUUGCCUUGGCUGAUACACCUGUAGGGACUGAUACAGUCCUCCUUAGCAGCAUUAGUCAGUUGGAUAGGGCUAAUGCACCCAUACCGUUUCCAGGAGCUGACAGCUUUUUGCUGCUGCUGGCCACUGCACUGUGCCAUGGGGACAUGACCUGUGUUACACUGUGUGAGACAAGCUCCCAGAGCAGUGGGACGCAUGCUGCUUGCGUGGGAAAGGGAAUGUCACUAGGACUGGGUGGGAGCACUGGCAGGAGUGGAAACACAGCCCAGCUAAGGGCAUAAGAAUCAGCUAUUGAUGCUCCAGUUCUCUCUCUCUAAGGGAACACAACACCCCAGUGCUCUACAAAUGCUACCGCAUGCCAAUGCCUUUCUGACCUGUUGUGCCUGCACUGGCACCAUCAUCAGCCCUGUCUUGACACCAGUCCAGGCUUUGGCCAGCUGGACCUGGAUUAAAGGUUUAUCCCUUUCCUGUGGCUGAGCACUGCUCAGAUGUUCUGUAUGAAUUAUGUUCCACGCUGCAGUUAAUCAGGCAGCUGUUUAUUAGCCUGGCAAGAUGUUGAUUACUCUUGUAGUAGAGAAUAACAGAUCAGUUCCUCAAAGAUAUUAAUGGAGGGGUUGGUUAGGGACCAGGAACGUGGACAUUUGCUAUCUUACAGGCAAGAGAAGUGGGCCUGCUUUUUGUCUUGCCUCCUUCCUUUCUGAAGCCAAUAUCCUGAAGUCUCUUCACCCAAAAAGAGCUGCUGUGAUCCAUCAACCACUGAAGACAAUUUUUAAUGUUUAUAUUCAGCAAUCUGAGGAAAGCUUUUGAUGGAUGAACGGUGCUGUGGUAUUUAACACCAUCUCGAUAGAUUCCCCAGGAUUUUCUUGCAACUAGAGAAUAUGGACACAGGAGCAGGACAGCCGUGGUGGUAAUGAGCUUGGGACUGCUCCUUGUGGAAUGAGGCACUGUGGCCUGCACCGAUGUACAUCCCUUGGGCUAUAGUUUCACUUGUUCAGAAAAUACUUCAUUCCCCACGUCAAGGAGAACCAUUCACUUGUGUAGUAGUGCACCGAGUCCUAUUAAAACCCUCUUCUACUAACCAGAGGCUGAGUACCUCUGAAAUCAGUCAAGUGCCAAAACUGUCAUGUCCCCUGGAUUAGCACCAAUAGUUCACAAGAUAUACUAAUAAAUGGAUUAUACUAUGA